GUCGGUCAGUUAAGUGGCUCCGCAAAGUGUGCUCUGUAGCCGGAAAAUUAGCAAACUCAGGUAAAGAGAUGCACUGCUGUGACAAACCCAGGGGUGACAACAGGUGCUGCAGGAUGUUUUGUGGUUAACUAGCUGGAACACCGCAGAAAGGGCUCUUGUACCUUGAUCGAGUUCUGUUUUUCAAGGCUAUUAUUUUGUUGCUGGUGCUUUUAUGUAAAGACACUGGAUAACACGUCAGCAUGUUUUGGGGUUACCAGGAGAGGGAGGAAUAUGAGGAUGAGCUUUACCGGGAGGAUGAUUCCUCCAGUGUCUCUGAGGUGGACAGUGAGUUGGAGUUCAGACUCUAUAGCCAACUGCAUUAUUCUCUGAACCACGAGGAGGAGCAGCAACAUGAACUGCAGCAGGAACAGGAACAACAAGGGGAGCAGUGCCAGGACCAGCAGGGCUGCAUCAUCAUCAGUUCAGGCCCCGAAGUCAUCACUGUGUCAGACAGCACGGACGAAGAUGCUGGGGUCUGCGCUUCAAAAGAUAAGAAGUUACAGCUGCAGGUUUCAGUCAAGAAGAGGCAUCUCUACUCGCAGUCCUCUGUCCCGUCGUCCCCUGAGGAUCAGCCCCAAAGCAGGACUGCUGGACAAGAGAUCGUUAUCAGUCUCGAUUCAGACUCAGACUCAGAUGGCCUGGAAAACUGGAUGAUCUUGGGCCAGAAAAAGCUAGACGGAGACUGCUGCAUACAGCUCAACCUGGAGGGCACUGCAGACAGCAGUGCUGCAGAAGACCAUGACAACGAUGAUUACAACUGGAGCAUUUCAGCAAAAGAUAUGAAGGCCCAGAUCGCCAACAGGGGGCCAGGCACGCGACGCCUGGCCAGUCGCUACUACGAGAAAAAAAAUGUCACCUGCCGCAACUGCAACAAAACGGGACAUUUGUCCAAAAGCUGUUCGACACCAAAGAAGCUGCCCAGCUGCCUCCUCUGUGGGACACAGGGCCACCUCCAGCGCUCGUGCCCCCAUCACUUCUGCUCCAAUUGCAUGCUGCCCGGACACGGCUACGAGGACUGCCUCGAACCCGCCUACUGGCACAAACAGUGCCACCGCUGCAGCAUGACCGGCCACUUCCAAGACUCCUGCCCAGAGGUCUGGAGACAGUACCACCUCACGACACGGGUGGGCCCCCCCGUGAAACCGGUCACCCGGGAUGCCCCCAGGAGCCCGGCCUACUGCUACAACUGCUCCCGCAAGGGCCACUUUGGAUUUGAGUGCAAGGACAGGAGAAUGUUCAAUGGGACAUAUCCCACCGCCCCCUACAUCUCCUACUACGACACCCCAAAGGACAUCCGCUACAGGAAUAAUCGCAUGAAAAGGAAGGCUGAAAACCUCCAGGAAGCUGGAUUGCUGGGGCAUCCUGAACCAGGCAGGGCCUCCGAGGGACAAGCUGCUGAAGAGGGGGCACCGCCUGCAAAGAAGAGGAAGAAGAACCGAGGCGGGCUUUGCAAGGAGGGAAAGGAGGGAAAGGAGAGAACACCUACAGCCAAUGCCAAACGGGAGCAGAAGCAACUGCAGCUGCAAGCAAAGCCGUGGCCGGAAAAGCGCAAGGAGCGCAGACAACUAAAGAAGCUGCGCAAGCAGAGUGCAGCCCAGCAGCCAGGUAAAAAGCAGCAGUGCCCACUGCAGGAGGAGAAAGACUUCCCCAGAGGGUCCUUGAAGAAGGUCAAGAGCGGCCCCAAAUCCACUCUCAAGUGCAAACCCGACAUCAACCUCUUUAGCUUAUUCCAGGAGAGAGAGCGGAAGGGCAAGAAGCGCCAAGCCAAGGCCAGAGACAGACAGGCUGGGGCUCCGACGAAGGAGGACAGGUGCCCCGUGGACGAGAACCUGUUCCUCAUCAAGCAAAGGAAGAAGUGCAAGCGUAAAACUUCAAGGAACUAGUGUCAGGGGGUGUUGGGGGAACCAAUGAAAGGGUGCUAAACAUCAAAGUGUGGGUGACAGUUUUAUACACUUCUCUAAAGUGGCUUAAACAUGUGUCCAGCAGAAGUUGUGUUGUUUUAAUGAACAGUUUUAUUUUCAAGCACCCCCGAAUGAUUGCUCCAGUGCCCUACCCAUUGAGCACCUGUACAGAAACAGUCAGCACCGCACUGACACGUGAUUUUACUUUAAAAUCAAAUUCGCUUCAAGGCUCAGAACUUUUAUCAUGUCCUUAAAUAAUUUUUGAAACAGAAUUUUCUAUAAAUGCACCUACUUUUUAUCUGCCGACUACUUGGCAGUUUGUUUUAUACAACUGUGACGAGGUGUGUGGUGUGUGACGGGGAGGUGCUCCGCAGUUCCAGCUAUGAGAAACUUUCUUUGAAGGAGGGACCCAGCUUUACAGAGGAUACACACUGGAGUUGUUCUGUUUGGUCCGGAAGGAGUGUGACAAAGCUAUAUAACUGUGCCCCUAGGGGGCGCCGCUCAGCGUGCGGCGCACUCACGGUUGCAGAAGUGUCGCAAGUACUGUACUCGACGUCAACUAGGCCAUCUUCCACAGAGAAUUUUACUCACUGUGUCAUACAUAUUCUUUACAGUGACAAAUAUUAGCAGGGCUCACAAUAUUUCCAGCAGAAUGUGAACAGUAAAAGCAAAUGCUGAGAUCAAGUAAUCAUGGGGGACAAUUUAAUAAAACAAGGUAAUUUGAAGAGGCUUGCUGGAGUCCUUAAAUGUAGCUUUUCACAAAGAAAAGGCUUUUAUUGUUUUGAACCCUUAAAAUUGUUAGGUAGAGUGCAAUUCCCCCCCCCUUUUAGCAUGGAGAAUGUUUGCUGAUACUUUGACUGUACUGCAGCUCCUGAGCACCGGCUGCUGCCUAAGCAGCUAUUUAAUGUACGGGUUUCUUUUUGCUCAAAGUAAGAGAUGCUGCACUUCAGUGGAGAACAGGUUGCUAUCACUCAUUAAGUUUAGGACAUGAUUUACUUGUUGAUCUGACACCUCAAAAACUGUUAUGUAUAGAUAGCAUCCACUCCUGCUCCCGGGGGCCAGUAUUUUGUAAAUUCUGAAUGUUUAUCAGUCAUAUUUUUUGUUUUGAAGUAAAAUCUUUCUCCAUCUCAGGUACAGUGGCUAGUACAUGUACUUGUAUAUAAUGGGCAAGUAUGUGUCCAUCAUUCAAAGAAAUAUAAAAGAAUCCAUUCAAACAGCUUACUUUGUCAGUGAUGGUCUAAUUUCAGAAUUUAACAAAUGAAAAUUUAAAUAAUAUA